AUGAAAAUGAACAAAGAAACUCUUCUUCUCUGUGUUGCGUCUCUCUUCCUCAUCUCUUCAUCUCUCUUCUACAAUGUUUGUCUCGCUACUAUUGAUAAUGCCGAAGUUGAGGACGAGUCGCCUUUUACGUAUGAACUAGGAAGUGAGAAAGGGCCGGAGAAAUGGGGCAACAUCAAUCCUCAAUGGGAAGUAUGCCAAACCGGAAAAUUCCAAUCUCCCAUCGAUCUCACCAGCUCAAGGGUUAGCGUUCUUCGCCAGGACGAUCUCUGGUUGAGAAGUUACAAGCCGGCUAUCGGUGUGAUUAAAAACCGAGGCCACGACAUCAUGCUUUCGUGGAAAGAAGAUGUCGGAAAAAUCACCAUAAACGGUUCCGACUAUAAAUUGGUGCAAUGCCAUUGGCAUUCGCCUUCCGAGCAUACCGUGAACGGAACUAGAUUCGUGAUGGAGCUUCACAUGGUUCAUACUAAUCCUCAAGGGAAAAUAGCCGUGAUUGGAGUUCUUUACAGAUUCGGCGUACCAGAUCCAUUUCUUUCGAGGCUAUUAAAUGGAAUAAGGUCGGUUGAUAAGGAAGAGAUCAAUAUGGGGAUCGUGGAUCCGAGGCACAUUAGGUAUCUUUCGAGAAAAUUCUACAGAUACGUUGGGUCUCUUACGGUCCCUCCAUGCACGGAAGGCGUCAUUUGGACCGUCGUCAAGAGGGUAAACACAGUGUCUCCGGCGCAAGUUAGGGCUCUUAGGGAAGCAGUUCACGAUGGAUUUGAGACAAAUGCAAGACCCAUCCAACAUCAACAAGGAAGACCCUUACGGUACUACGAGCCAUAUCCAGAGCAAUAACCGCCAAUUUUUUUUUUAUUAAAAAAAUCGUACGGAGAGUAUGAAAAAAGAAAAUGAAGAGAUUGUA